AUGUUCUUCUCAAAGUACCCAUCCAUAGCUGCUUCCAUCACGUACACCAGCACAAUUGAUGCCAUUGCCACCACCCCUGCGGAUCCUACCACCACCGCUCCUGCUAGUGCCAGCUCUAUGAACUCUGUUGCUGAUAAUGCCGCGGCCAUGAUCGCUGCUGCUGGUGCUGAUGUUAGUGGUGGUUAUAACUCACAAAGCACGCCGCAGCUGGAUGAGACCUACUGCGUUGGUUCUGGGGAUGAUAAUGAUGAAGGUGGUGGGGGUGGAGGUGGAGAUGACGAUAGUGAAUUAAUUCGGGCGCCUAUAUAUAAUAAUCGAUCGAAUUAUAUUACUGGUGGAAAUACGUUAGAACGGGAAAACGGAUGGGAGCUGAUCUAUCACGGGGAGCGUACGUGGUGA